AUGGAGAAGCUGUUCAUGAUCCAUUAUGAUCUCAUCUUCAAAGACCAGAUUCCCAUUUCGGAGAUCUUGGUCUCUCCUGGAGAGGACAGAAUGGACUUCUCGUACUGGGGUCUGUUGCCCUUUUCUCGUGGCAAUAUUCACAUUCAGUCCAACGACUCUACCACUCCUGCCGCUAUCAACCCGAACUACUUCCAGCUCGACUAUGACUUGAAGCAGCAGAUUGGCACUGCUAAGGCAGUAAGAAAAUUGGCUGGUUCCGAUACUCUAUGUGAGGUUGUUACUGGGGAACUCAGUCCUGGUCUCCAAAGCGUGCCUCUUAACGCUUCCGACGAUGACUGGGCCAAGGCCGUCAAAGCAGGCNUGUAA